AUGUCUGAUGUCCCAGAAUCUGCCGAGACUGAUGUCUUGCAGUACAUUAUCACACACAUCUUUUGUCCCAUCAAAUUACCGCAGCAAGAUGAUUAUAAUCCUCACAACGAACGCUCCCUCCUUGAUGUUGUGCUUGGCUCUGCUCGCAAAUUUGCGAGUUUUUUGCCCAAUGACCAUCAGGAGCAGUGGAAACCUUUGUUGAAGAUGUUGGAGAAUCUUGCCGUUGCAAUGACUUUUCCUUCGCUGGCCAAGGAAGUCGAGUCGCAAAUCAGAUCUAUGCAAGCAGGAGAUAUUCUCGCAUAUCUGAUCCGGGCACAAAAUGCUGCUGUCGUGCUUCGUAGGCUCGACGCGACGACGACAAUAUUUGAAUCUUUCGAAGUUUCUCCACCGGCGCCUGAUGUCAUGGCGGCAAAGGGGAAGCUCCUGUGUUCGUAUCCAGGACCCGCAAUCGCCGUACCAAACUCAGUCGUGGAUAGCCCUACCUUUCCCCCCGAGUUGGCGAACUUUCUCUCGCACAUGAGCUAUGAUAUUUUAGAUUCGGCAGUCCUCCGAGGAGAUUCUGCACAUCCUCGUUAUAUCACACAGCUUCUCACCGACAUCCUUCGCGCCUUUGGCGAGCCGGCUGACGUCCCUCGCAUUCGUAAACGUAUAGGCGACGAUGCCUUGCAGUCCAAAGACACACUGCCUUGGCGAAGAUCAUCCCUCUGGCUUGUCGUCAGGGUUGUGUUGCAGACAUCCCUUGAACGUACCAGCCUUGGGCGAAACGGUUACAAGGCUUUCAUGACUUCGCUCAUGACGGACCUUGUGUCCAAAGCACUUGAGGCGGAUGUGUCCAGCGAUCUGCUCUACUUUAUGUCCACUAAAAUCAGUCGCCGGUUGGUUAAGCUUCAGGCUGGAGACGAAUUCUCAGUGAUCGUGAUGCACAAAGCCACUGAAGAAAUCAAAGACCGACUGGAGCUGCGCUGGAAGGAUGUUCAGGCGGCUCAGGCAGACUCCCCUCAUUGGGAUGCCUCGGAGAUAGAUAUCACCAGAGACACCAGGCUCUCUUUGGCCAGAAGCGAGGAGUAUAUCGCCGGAGCCUUACAUCCUACUCACGUCCAACCCAGCAUGUCAGACUUCCAACCCCAUCAUCGCCGACGGGGUACUAUCAAAGACUUCCUUGGUCCUGACGCCAGCUUCUUCGAGAGCGCAUAUGCCGAGGACCCCUUUUUAGCGCUCUCUGAUUUCGAAUGUGCCAUCGAGCAGGACAUUGAUGACUGGGUUGAUGGUGUCAUGAACCUUGAUGCUGCUUGCAUUGAUACCGCUUGCCUGACCAUUCAAGCGCGCGCUACCAGUUAUUCCACCAGAGCGCAAGCUUCCUAUUCCGGAAAUCCUGAGAACAUAUCCAUCAUGCUGCUCACGCUGUUCGAACUCUGGGUCGCGCUUGACAAGCUGGUUGUUAUGUCAAUCCCUCUCCUCCAGGAGUACUCUCCGGAGAUACCAGUUGUUAUUUUCAAUCGCCUUCUCCUCCAAAAGGCUGCCGCUUUAGAGCGACUCGGACUUCUUCAAGAGUAUGUUGCCGCUCGCACCCGUGAUGCGCGCUCGGGCUUCUCUAUCUUCUCGGACAGCGCGCACAUAGACGCGUUCGCGGUUCGUUAUUAUCACCAAUCUGAGGAGCUGCAGUCAUACAAGCAACGUAUUGUGGACGAUGCAGAUGCUGUGCGGAAAAAGCGAAUGGUUGAUCUUUGCGACAAAAACAACAGGUACAAGCGUCUCACAAAUGAACUUGACGCUCUCACGUGCGACUACUCGUACCGGUGGCGAGGUUGGAGCCAACAUUUUAGUGAUUGUCAUCAGUGCCAGAAGUGGAGGGAAAGGUAUUGGCUUUCUAUUGAAGUUCAUGAAUGGCCACUUCCCGAAUCCAUCGACGAUGCAGCAAUAGUGGUAUUCGAACUCAGUGCCCCGAUCGCUUUCAAGAUGUGGCGAUCUUUCACCUUCCACUUUCUUCACGACAUAUGCACCCCAAGUAGACGACCAAUUCAAAGUGCGACGCAGUACAUGCUGCUCACUCAUAAGCCGCUCUCACGCUAUCAUGUAGAGCAUCCUGGCCAACGUAUCACAUUGGCCUCCGAGACAGUGUCCACCCAUACCCCCCACAAGUCCCUUCCAUGCACUGAAAGCGACAUCUUUGUCAGCAAUGAGCUGCGUCUCUGCCUUUACGAUACGAUCAAAGGUGUCUGGAUCUCCGGUUCUCUUCGGAAUACUGACAUAUCCGCACUUUGCACGUACGUGCUGCCGGAAGGUCCGUAUCACGGACUGCAAUCUUAUCUGUCUGGUACCCAGCACACCCCCAACGAGGUCCUGGUCAGCCAGGCUACAUGUCAUGCCGAGUUGACGCUUCACGAAUUCAUCGCUUUUGGGAGCCUCCGUAGCGGCACCCUUCUGCAGUGGAUCAACAUUCUUCGUGAAUUGCGAGCACGCACGCUCACGUUUCGCGAUCCCUCGAUCCACUUGCUGCUACUCCAGGCUAGUGGGGAGGCGGGAGAACUUUCAACCGACGGGUCUAGGGUAUGGCAUGAUGAACUGAAAGUCUCGGAUUUUGGGCACGCCCUGAUCGAUGAGCUCCAAAGCUUGAAAGUCAGCGUGGAAGCUAAUUGGCUGGAGGGCACAACGAUGGCAACUAUCUCCGCCCUGGCAUCCCGCCUCCUCUCAUCAGCAGAGGAUUUCAGCGUCAUACAGCGAUCGUACAAGCUGCUGCGAGCUGUCCGAAAUACUACUUUCAAAUGGGUGCAAGAGCUAUCCAAAGCUCUUCAGGUUGCUCUAGGCGAAAAGUCUAGUCGUGAAUGCCAAGCCCGCGUCCGUGACAUGGCAGCAAUUUGUCGUAGCACCUACAAUGUUGGCCCAGACAAUAUCGCAGCACUCCUCCAAUCGUCGCACGACUUGGAGAUACUAGUGUACUGCUCUGUUACAGUGAUGGAUAACGCGCCCCCAGAUCUACAUGCUCUCCCGCCGAUUUCAAGGUUACUCCUUGAACGCAACCGUCGGUUAUCACGCUUCUUGGAGACCUAUUUCCGACGCCAUGUGGAAGACGACCAAGAAGGUCUUGAUCGGGCUAUGAAGCAUCUCUGGCCCGCAUACCGGCGCCACACACACUGGAGAGUGCUUGGAUCGCCAAACUCUCGGUGGCUUAGAUGUGAAACAGCACCUUCUAACGAUUCAUCCCGCCAAACCAUCCACUUUGACAUGUUGGCUGUUCGUCUAUUGGUCGACGGCAAACCAUUAAGCAGGCUGCCAGUUUGCAUUUCACAGCAUCCUAGCUACAUAGUACUCUUUGGUCAUCAAGAACUUGAUGUUUUCCCCACAAAGAUUCCCGGCAUAGAGUUUGCCACCAAGACCUUUAUUCAUGGCUUUCAAAUAUUUUUCGGGAUGCGCAGCGGGGAUGUCGUCAUUCAAUCAAAGUGGAAGGAUGGGCACCUCCUUGAACUAAUACCUCGAGAAAAGCUCCAGCCCGACAUCCCCGCAUCACUGGUUGAAGAUCACGUGCAUUGGCUCGACCUCAGUACUGGUGUGAUCGAAUUUCGUCCAAUGGAGUCAAUGUGGAACCCGUCCGAUAAGAACUGGGUGCUGCAAUUCACGGAAGGCGGGCAGUCAGUCGCGCAGCAGGGCCAUUCAACUCUUUUUGACAUUCAGAGUCCCGCUUUCUGCAUGAUAGCGAAGACACUGAGCCCACUUGAAAACUUCCAAUACCUGAUUGUCACUUGCAGCGCGGACACACGCCAGACUGUAGUCAAUGUCAAUCUCCCUCGAUUUGGGCUCUCUUUCUUUAUAGACAGAGAUGGAGACUUGCAUUCGUGCAACCAGAAAGGCAUGGUUGUUGACGAAGAUCAGUCCACUGGUACAAUGUUUAGACUUGUCAACCAGCUCGUUUUGCGCCCCAAAGAUCGAAAAACGUACAAUGGUCGCCGCGUCAUCAUCCCACAAGGUGGUGUCAUAGUAGAGCCCAGAGGCCACCAUGUCCAGGUCACCAUCGAUCCCAGUCCUAAUCAUGUUCGCCGUCCCUAUCACUUUUACGCCGUCGAUGUGGAAUUAUGCCGCCUGACAGGAAACGUUGGUCUCACGAAUAAACUGUACAAGGUGUACUUGCACGCCGUGUGUAGUUCCCAUGCCCCGGAUCCGUUGACUAAACGCACUGGUUUGGAAGAAGCUAUGUGUUUGCUGCAAUCCGCCGCAUGCUAUUCCUUCAUGAAGCUGGACCCAUUUGACUGCGAGCUUCUCGCUCGGAUAGGCUCCUUGACCGUUGAUCGCACAUGGCACCAUGCUGAUGAAAUGAGCUCGCAGGAGGUCCACUGGAAAGGUGGCUUAUCAUCUUAUGUCCAAGGCUGCGCAUUCUACCAUGCCGCCAUGAAUAUAGUCCAAUAUGCACGGAAGCUGCAAGUGCUCAGCGAAACACCAGUUACAGUUUGCCCAAACUUUCCAACACGCGAUUUGACCCUCCUGGAACGCGCCUCUCAGCGGUCCAUUGUCCUCUACUCCCAUGAUCUAGUCAAUUCCUUCUAUCCCAGAAAAUCGACAAACAGUGAAUAUACGUCCAGGGAUGUCGUCCACUGCUCAAUCGACGAUCAAAAAGCUUUUGAUUGUGCAUGUAUGGUGCGCGACUGGAGGAUCACGCUUGACCCUUGUCAGGCUCUCUUCGAUGUCUUCGUUCGGUGGAAUGAAGUCUUCGGCGAGACACAUGACAUAUCCCUUCGAUAUGACCGAAAGUGGCUGAUGCCUGACUUGGCUAAGAGAUGGAUGACCGUCUACGAACUUUGCUGCCACGCAGAUAGAGAGACUCACACAUUCCAACUCGCUUUCACAUUAUCGGCAAUGACUUUCUCCUCCCCGGAGAAGAUGGGACUCGCUGCGACCAUGUUCGCGUUUGCCGCUAUUCCCGCGUUCCGUACAAUCUGCUCCCCCAGAUACGAUGUAUAUGACCUUUCAUUUGGGAUCAAACCCCUAGAACAGGACCUCUGCCGCCACAUCUCUUCCUAUACUACCUUCCGCAAUAGUCCUGAGGCGUCCUGGUCUCGUUCCUCCGACGAGUCGUCCUGCGACUUUGAUAGUCGGCGACAAAAGCACUUCCAAUCCGAGUGUCUACGUGAGCAGAAUGCGGCAGUCGAUAUCCUUCUUGAAUGCUGGCCUUGCUAUUCCGUCCCUACACGCGUUCUGGAUUGUCUGAGCGGCUCCCGAUAUGACAAGUCCAACGUUAGCGCUGCCCUCGAAAAGCGAUACUCGAACUGCUAUCGCAACCUGUGUCUGAAGACAUAUCUGGAUCGCGUGCAGAACGUGCUUGAUGAAGCGAGGCGGACUCUCACGCCGUCCACCAAGCAAUCGUACACAUUCACCCCGAACAAUUCAGAUGUCAAAUCGGUCACCACCGCCGUCCUUACCGAACACUUGUUCAGAAAGCCUCCGCCGGUCAUCACAUUACUUCCUGAUCCACUCCAGCACAGUCAUGUUUCACUAUCCGACAAAGUCUUUGGCGACGGGCUUGAUUCAUCUCCACUGGAAUAUGUGAUCUCGAACUUCUCGCGAUCUCGAUUGGACAAGUUCGGUAGCCAGUAUGCUGAACAUCUAGAAGACAGCAGAAUCCAUCUAAAUAGCGAGCAAGUACCCAUCGCCCCGUGCUCAACCCGCUGGACAGUCGACAUGUUGCAAUAUUAUCAUGCGUGGUGUAAUAAGCUCUAUAAUAGCGCUUUUCGGAGUUUGGAAGAGCAUCUGGCUCCUUCAGGUUUGGCGGAGGAGAGCAUGUUCAAUUCUGGGCAAUGGCCGCGCAUUACCGUCACGUUUCUGCUCGGCCUUCUCGCCUCCACGUCAAAAACGCCUCUAUGUAACUCUUGGAGAGUCCCUUUGACCAAUUUUGCCCACAUCAUCCUUCGAUUGCAAAGAUCACAACGACUUCUGAAGUUGAAGUCGGCAGCUGGUGGCGACAGUGAGGAGUUCGUAAAGGAGCUGGCGAAUGACGGUUACCUAGCAGUGGACGGUACCCAGAAAUUUCUGGACUGGCUUCUAAUUCAGGUAGAGAACCGAUUUCUUAUCCGUCGCAUGCAAGCCAGCGUUGCAAUCGAGAUGAUUUCCCCAAGCUCUAGCAACAAUACCGCCCUGCAGCUUCAUAUGGGAGAAGGGAAAUCUUCUGUGAUUGUACCUAUCUGUUGUGCUGCACUAGCAGACCGCAGCAAUGUGGUACGAGUCAUCGUUCUAAAGCCUUUGGCUGCACAAAUGUUUCACCUGCUCGUGGAACGGCUCAGUGGCCUUACCAACAGGCGGAUUUUCCACUUGCCAUUCUCGUGCUCCUUGCCCAUUACUUCCGAUCAUGCAAAAACCAUCCGGUCACUGUUUGAUGAGUGCAAAGACGUUGGUGGCAUCCUUAUCGCUCAACCAGAUCACAUUCUCUCUUUCAAGUUGAUGACCGUGGAGCAUCAGCUUCCGCCUGCGAACAUGGUUGGACAACCCUCAAUAGGGCUGGCCACCACCCUGCUGGAUAGUCAACGGUGGCUUGAUAUGCACACUCGCGACAUACUGGAUGAGAGUGAUGAACUGCUGCAUGUUCGAUUUCAACUUGUCUACACUUUGGGCGAUCAACAGCGCUUGGAAGGUUAUCCUGAUCGAUGGACCACGACACAGCAGGUGAUGACUCUUGUGGCAAAACAUGCUCGCCGCCUGUACCAAGAGUUUUCUCUUGGAGUAGAGUUCCAGCCAGAUGCUAUCGGACGAACCGGAACUUUCUCUCAUUUCAGAAUCCUGGACGUUGACGCAGGUGAAAAGUUGAUCGAGCUGGUUUCCAGCGACAUCCUUGCCGGCAACCUUCCAAAUUUCGCAUUCGAACAUGUGCCAUCUUAUAUCAAAGACUCCAUUCGCGAGUUUUUUACCGUACCCACUAUUAAUCCGCAGCUCCUUCACGAAGUUCGGAACUAUUGUGCUGGGUCCAGUCUGUGGAAUGGACUACUGCUCAUUCGAGGUCUCCUUGCACACGGUAUUCUGGUAUUCACGCUGAAGGAGCGGCGAUGGCGCAUAGAUUACGGUCUGGAUCCUCAUCGCACAAUGCUCGCCGUACCAUACCGAGCCAAGGACGUUCCCUCAUCUAGGGCAGAAUUCGGACAUCCAGACAUCGCAGUAGCCCUCUGCUUCCGCCAGCUUCUCAAGCAAGGCAAUCCCUCAUUGGAAUAUGAGACGUGGAUUAAGGAGAUGCCUUCAGAUCUUCUUCCGGAAAACCUGCGACACCUCAGUGGAAUCAACAUGGAGUCUGAUGAACAGUUCGCUACCUCUUUGGUACCUCUCUUCCGGCGCAACAAGGUUGUCGUAGACUUCUUCUUGGCUCAGAUCAGCGAAAGCCCUUCUGGGUUGCCUACCACUGGCUUCAGUGGAACAAACGAUUUUCGCUACUUGCUGCCCACCACCAUAGCGCAGCGUGCACUACCCCACCAGCGUGGUACGAAUGCCAGAGUUCUCACUCACCUUUUACAACAAGAGAAUGAUCGCUAUGACUCGCACGCAGCCGGUGGAGGCGCUCGGCAGCUCCUUAAGGUCAUCGCGAAGCAGUCGCCGGAAAUACGGGUCUUGCUCGACGUGGGUGCACAAGUGCUUGACUUGCAGAAUGAUGAGGUGGCGGAUAUGUGGCUGGACAUCAACCGAGAUGCUCAGGCUGCCAUCUAUUUCGACAAGCACGAUGAACUUAUGCAACUGGACCAGUGUGUAUUGUAUUUGGACGAUGAUCACACCCGAGGAACGGACGUCAAGUUGCCUCGGGGAUUCCGCGCGGCUGUUACGUUAGGGCCAAAGGUCACCAAGGAUCGCCUUGUCCAAGGUUGCAUGCGUAUGAGAAAGCUCGGCCAUGGCCACUCAGUCAUGUUUUUCGCUCCUCCAGAAGUAGAUCGCAGCAUCCGAGACGUGAACAACAAGGACGAUGCUGAGGACAUCCAUGUGUCAGAUAUUCUCGUGUGGGCGAUGACGGAGACGUGCUCGCACAUUCAACAUCGUGCUUCACAAUGGCUUCAGCAUGGGGUUGAUUACAAGUCUCGCCACGGUGCAUGGUCCUCGUUCUUAUCUGACCGUAUUACGCCCACCGAACUCGCCCGUUCGUGGCUUCAGCCAGGAACCAAGCACUUGGAGGAGCUCUACGCUCCAGCUCAGACGGACAAAUCUACUUCUCGGACAUCACUAGACAAAGAGCUUUUGGAGAGAUGUGGCAGCGUUGGGCUGGGCGUUUCGCCUGAAAAUCACUUGGAUGAAGAGCAAGAGAGAGAAGUUGUACAUGAGAUUGAGCGCGAGUGCGAGGUGGAGAGACCGCCACAUGCGCCGGCUGCUCCCCAUAUCAUUGACGAGGAUGUCCGGUUCUUCAUUCGAACAGGCUGCAUUCCGGAUCAAUGUUGUGUGUUCACUCCAGUUUUCGACACCCUCACCACGACUUCAGCUUCAGCUGCUUUAUCGGGGAGUCAGCCAUGGUCACGGGACGUGUUUGCCUCGAGGGAUUCUGCUACAACAAUUCUGACCGCAGACAAAACGGACAGCUACAUCCGCCCAGUCAACUGGAUUCUUUCGAAUACAGCAUCUCGCACGCCGGUGCUGGUCAUUAUCAGCCCCUUUGAGGCCAACGCUUUAUUACCUGACAUUCGGGCAAGUAAGCGGGUUCGCUUGCACACUUAUACACCUCGUGUCAUCAAUAUGAUGAAGUCAUGCGAUGACUUGCGCCUUUACGUCAUACCAUCACUGCCCGCGCGAUGGAUGCCACAUGACACCCUCAUCCGCCAGCUCAAUGUCUUUGCUGGACAACUAUACUUUCCUCAUCAGCGUGCAUACGUGCAGCUGUGUCGCUUUUUGGGGAUUUACACUGCAGAUCUCGAGGACCAGGGUGCUUUUGAGAUCCAAAGUGAUGGAUUCAUUAGACCGGAGGAUCGGCCUCCUGCCGCGGAUUACCCCAACACCUUCCAACAAUCGCCUAUCCCUAUGUUGAAGGCUCUCUUCAGUAUGCGCCGCAAGGGAAUGGGGUAUCUGCCUACGCACAUCGGGAAGCUAUUGGGUGCUCGACGAUUGACGAACGAGGACUUCGAAGAGACAGAUUGA